AUGCUCACCCUGGCGAUAACGAACUUUGGGGGACGACCAACAGGUGUGCAUCACUGCGAGACUAUCUUAGAGCAGUUCGUGCUCGAAAGUCACGAGGAUAACCUACAUCAUCAGGUCGCCUCUGUCCGGUCGUUGGCUCCCUUUCAACAUAAGGCUGCCUCACAAGAACAUAUUACGGGGAGAUGGCCACGUCAAGACAUGCCACGGAAUGAAACUGGCACGAAUGGAGUCAGGAAGACCCCACCAUCAAACCCUCUGACGCAAGGUUACCACGGAAUCCUGAAAUAUAUAAUAUCGAAACUGGAGAAUGGCAAGAGCAGCCGUAAGAAGGGGGAGAUUGUGUCCGAUAUUUCUGCUGACAUUAGGUUGGGGCGACACUCUGUUCAGAGGGACCUAUACAGCCUUGGUGGGCCGACUUGCGAGGAAACCAUUUGUGAGGGAAGCGAUUGGAGGACGAUAUGCAUUUCGGAUCACAUCCCAGACGAUAAGAAGGAUCAAUGCAUCAUGUGCUAUCCUCGAAAGCAUAUGGCGCUUGUACACGGCUAUUGUCAAGAACAGAAGUAUAGGGAGCUGGACGUAUUCUACAAGGCAUGCGCCCUCCUGGGUGCAUCGAUACUCGCCGCGACGCUUUUGUACCUGCUGCGUGAAAUCUAUAGGCGACUUCGGAUGCGAUACCAAUUUCUCCAGGACAUAUGUGGCCGCAGUCAGCUCUCGGGAAGUACUACUACGAAGACCGGACUUUCGUCUAUGCACCCUAUUGGCGCAUUGGCGUCUUUGAUCCCUGGGGUUCCCAAAGCGUGGAAAGACCCACAACGUGUAUAUACUGGCACUGUCGAUGGGGCCAAUACCCCUACAGCCUAUAAUACGGUGAUCCGUCAAAAGUUUCGGCGAUUUGGGCCCUUCAUGAAAGAUCACCGUAAGAGAGUACAAGACAUCUUCGACCUUGAAGAUUAUCAGGAGCCGCAGGUGGGCAAUAGAGUCCCGGUGCUUCCUCGAGCUCACAAUGCAAGCAUACGAAUACAUGCUGCUAAAUCGAACUCUCGCACGCAUUCUCAUUCCAAAGGGGACACAGAUUCUGAUCCAAUGGUGGCGAAGGGCACCCUUUCCUCACGAGCCACUUCUCAGAGCUAUCUCAACUGA